UGCAGCAGCUGAGGAACUGUGGAUUUCAUAUUAUAGACUAAAACCCCAGUAAAACUGCUCAAAAUCCUUCCUGCAGCUGCCAGGCAACAACGAAAGAGAGUUAAAUCCUAUUCAUUCUAUUCCAAUACAAUCGGAGCACUACAUUCUAGCUCCGGCUGCUUUACAUUGCAGCUCAGUGUUAUUACUAGAAAUAUGGAUACUGAGAAGAGAAUACAGCACUGCAUUGUCCGGCCAGGAAAACAGCAGAUGUAAAAAGCUUCAAUGCAUCAACUGUCGGCAAGAGUCAACAGUGCUCCGAAUAGACCGGACAACUACAGCUCUUUUGUUUAAAGAAAGAGAAAGAAAAUGAAAGAAAGGAAAAAUCUCAGAAGACUAGGACCCAUAUGAACAAGGAGGGUAACUCGAAGACAAGCAGACAGAUGGACACUUUGGAUACUGUGAAAAGCAAUCGCAGGAGGCAGACUAUUGGGGGAUGUGCGCAUGUUCGAUAGCAUCUUUUUUGCUGAAGUGAUGGCGUGCCAAAAGUAUUUUCAGUGGGCAUAAUCCUCUCCACAUAAAUGGCCUGACCAAGGAAGAAUGACUGCAUGGGAGACAACGUGACCGAAUUAAAAAAUGAUUACCAAAGAAAAGUAUUGAUUCAGGAGAAGGAAACAACAUUUUCAGCCUCCAGUAUCUCAUAUCCCAUUACUGGAUAUUUACAACAUGCUUCAGUGGAGGAGAAGACACUGCUGCUUUGCAAAGAUGAGCUGGAAUGCCAAGAGGUCUCUGUUCCGUACCCAUCUUAUUGGUGUACUUUCUCUAGUGUUUAUUUUUGCUAUGUUUUUGUUUUUCAAUCAUCAUGACUGGCUGCCAGGCAGAGCUGGAUUUAAAGAAAACCCUGUAACAUACACUUUCCGAGGAUUUCGUUCUACAAAAAGUGAGACAAACCACAGCUCUCUCCGGAACAUUUGGAAAGAAACAGUCCCUCAAACUCUGAGGCCUCAAACAGCAACUAACUCCAAUAACACAGACCUGUCGCCACAGGGAGUUACAGGGCUAGAGAAUACACUCAGUGCCAAUGGAAGUAUUUACAAUGAAAAAGGUAUCGGACAUCCGAAUUCAUACCAUUUCAAAUAUAUUAUCAAUGAACCUGAAAAAUGCCAAGAGAAGAGCCCUUUUUUAAUACUGCUAAUAGCUGCAGAACCUGGACAAAUAGAAGCUAGAAGAGCUAUUCGGCAAACUUGGGGCAAUGAAAGUCUAGCACCUGGUAUCCAAAUCACAAGAAUUUUUUUGCUGGGCGUAAGUAUUAAGUUAAAUGGCUACCUUCAACGUGCAAUACUGGAAGAAAGCAGACAAUAUCAUGAUAUAGUCCAACAGGAAUAUUUAGAUACAUACUACAAUUUGACAAUUAAAACACUAAUGGGCAUGAACUGGGUUGCAACGUACUGUCCACAUAUUCCAUAUGUUAUGAAAACUGACAGUGACAUGUUUGUCAACACUGAAUAUUUAAUACAUAAGUUACUGAAGCCAGACCUGCCUCCCAGACAUAACUACUUCACUGGUUACCUAAUGAGAGGAUACGCACCCAAUCGAAACAAAGAGAGCAAGUGGUACAUGCCACCAGACCUCUACCCAAGUGAACGCUACCCUGUCUUCUGUUCUGGGACUGGUUAUGUUUUUUCUGGAGAUCUGGCAGAGAAGAUCUUUAAAGUUUCUUUAAGUAUCCGUCGUUUGCACUUGGAAGAUGUAUAUGUAGGGAUCUGUCUUGCCAAGUUGAGAAUUGAUCCUGUGCCCCCUCCCAACGAGUUUGUGUUCAAUCACUGGCGAGUUUCUUAUUCAAGCUGUAAAUACAGCCACCUAAUUACCUCUCAUCAGUUCCAGCCUAGUGAACUGAUAAAAUACUGGAACCAUUUACAACAAAAUAAGCACAACGCUUGUGCCAACGCAGCAAAAGAAAAGGCAGGCAGGUAUCGCCAUCGUAAAUUACACUAGAAAAGACAAUUCUUUUUUUCAAAUGUGCAAUCUGUAAAAUAUUGCUAAAAGCAUGUAUAGUUAAAACUGAUUACAUCCAUAGGACAAGUUUUAGUUAAAAUUCAUCACAUACAGAAAUUCAAAAAAUAUUUUUUUAAUUUCUGAAAGUAAUUCUUAAAAAUAACAUUAUAUAACAAAAAAGGUAUCCCAAAAGAAACUAUUAAAAAAAAAAAACUGCAUAAGGGGAUUCUGUGUAUUAACAUGCAAUAAAAAGCAUGCAUACAUCAAUGGUUCAAGGCUUCGUUAAGGGCCAAUAAGAUGUAUUUGCAUAUAUUUUCCACAUAAAUUUUAAUUUAAGAAAUGGAGACAGUCAAAAGACCCUUCUCAUUUUAGAUUCAGUUUUUCAUUUUAACAUAUAAUUAAAUGUAAAUAAAACAUUAUUGUCAAUCUUAAGGAAAAUUUGUAAUUGUGCAAAGGACAAAUUUUCUGACCUGACUAUUCUAGGGUUCUAAAACUAUAUUCCAUGCAAUAAGAUUUAGUUGAAUUACUCCAUAAACACAUUUAUAAAGUUCAGAUGUUUCAUCAAUGCAAUUCUCAUCUAAGUAUUUACCUUUUAAUAACAAUUGAGAUACUCAUUUUCUUUUAUUAAUACAUAUAUUGGGGGAAAAUUAUUUUGACAUGUGAUAAAAUGUGAAAAAUCAAUGUGUCUCA